AUGGUUGCCGCCGACGAGUUCAAGACCGACUACAAGGCCUACAACAAUGCUCGCUACGGUGUCUACCCGAACAACUAUUACCACGGCACUCACGAGAAAUCACCACUACUUCAAAUCACAACUUGGGAUAAGAAGGCCGUCUCCAGCUCCGGAUCGCAUAUCUUCAUUCGCCACAACGGGGCCCAGGAUACAUGGGGUCAUCAACUGGCGUCUCCUUUGAUUUUAGACACGAGGGAUUUGAGCGCUGUCUAUAUCAAUAGGACUUUUCCCGUUGUUUUCAACGUCAAUGUGCAGGAAGAUUUCGGCAAGACUUAUUUGACCUUUUACGGCGACAAGCUUGUAGGUCAGGGCUUGGGUGAUGGAGUCUGUCAUGCUUAUGACACUUCGUAUCGAGAAGCGUACCAAAUUUCUGCACAAGAGUUAGGAGUGGGAGCUGAUUUGCACGAGUGCGAGUUCACAGGCCGUGGUACUGUAAUUGUCAGUGCUUACAAGACCGAACUUUCGAGCAGCCCUGCCAGCCUAAAGGGUAAGCACAAACCGACAGUAAUCCGAGAGAGUUAUUUCCAAGAGCUAGAGCUAGGGACAAAUAAGGUUUUGUUUACAUGGAGAGCCUCUGAUCAUGUCGACAUCUACGAUUCAUACGAGGGGCACAACGAUCCUUGGGACUUUUUCCACAUCAACACAAUCGAAAAGACCAAGGAUGGGAACUAUCUCGUGUCAGGACGCCAUAUGCACUCGAUAUAUCUCAUCAACGGCAAUACGGGCGACAUUAUCUGGACGCUAGGCGGUCGGAAGAACGAGUUUGUGGAGAUACCACCACAAGGUGGCCAUUACACAGGCGAUCCUGUUCUGACCUUUGCUUGGCAGCAUCACACGCGUUUUUACCAUAGCAAUGAUGGGAACGGGACCGACAUGACGUUUUUCGAUAAUCACCAAAAAGACCACUGCGAGUACGGAUGUAAAGUGGGCUGCUCGAGGGGCUUACACGUCAGAUUGGAUACACAUGCAAGCCCUAAAACAGUCCAGCUCGUACAAGAGUAUAAGCAUCCCGCUGGCCUGGUCAGCCAGAGUCAAGGAAGCAUGCAGAUUUUGGAUGACGGAAAUGUUUUCAUUGGCUGGGGCCGAAUGCCAGGAUUCACAGAGCAUACCCCAGACGGUAAAGCGGUCUUGAAUGUCCAGUUCUCGCCAUGGUUAUCCAAAGCCACCAACGAUCACGCAUUAGAUAACUACCGAGCGUUCAGAAAGGACUGGAAAGCUUCGCCGUAUUGGCCGCCUGAGAUCGCAGUAAGACACUGGAAGGCUGCUCCACUGGUUUAUCUUAGCUGGAACGGGGCUACUGAAGUCAGGGAAUGGGUUCUGGUAAGUGCAGGUAUGCUGAGGAUACGUUUCCGAGACUGA